AUGGCUUCCUCUGACACGAAGCCCGAUGCUUCAGACUCCCAUCUCCCGCCUCCCACACCCCAGAAUGCUCGCGGGUCCUACAUCUCCUCUCAGAUGUCCAGCGCCAUAUCAGAAGACGGACAGCGAGUCCAGCAUCCAGCAUCAUGGUCACAGCCUGGGCCGCCUCAGUCGCGUCGUGGGCCGCCGCCGCUGAGGAAUCCCAUGCUGAAUACCAAUACAAGACCACCCAGCGCGCAGAGCAAGAUGAGCAAGACUCACGUAUCCUCCCUCACAUCCCAGGCCUUCUUCCGCCCCAUGAGCUCGCAAAGACUACAGGCACAGCGUGGUGGGAGGCCUACAACGACGUCGAACAGCACUGUCGGGUGUGAAGACAACCAGAGUGACGUGGGAAGUCAAGCGCGGAGGAGCAUGGUAUCGAACGCGACCGCGCAACUGGACCAGGAGCUCCGUCCUCCGUCGAGAGGAACGGAGUUUACGGAUCCGAUCUUGCCUGACAGGAUGACGGCCAAUGCCAGCCCCUCCGGGCAUACAACCCUUCGCAGCCUUGGAGACAACGUCAGGCUUCUCAAUGAUAGAUCCCAUAGAUCGUCAACUCCAGUUCAAGUUAACCUGGGAGAGAACUAUACCAAUCCCAGCGCAUCACACGAACCGCCAUCCAAAUCACCUAUGUCCUUUCCAUCAGGACUUCUAGGCGGGAACACAUCUGACUCUACGAUUCGUCGUGGUGACCAGAGAAGCCACACAAGGCUGGCAUCGAACCCAACAUCUAUACCUGAGCCCGAGCCGGAGAAACUUCAGGAGGAACCGGUCAUUGAGAAGGGAAGAAAUUUUGAAUACUUUACCGGGAAUACCGCAUUCUUCGGUGGCGGCAGGUUCCAGAAUACUCGCGAUAGACCGGUUAACAUUUUGACGGCAUUCUUGAUAAUACUACCCUCGAUUCUCUUUUUCGCGUUCUCGGCCCCAUGGCUGUGGAAACACUUGUCUCCAGGAAUACCCAUCGUCUUUGCUUACAUACUCUACCUCUGUUUUUCAUCGUUUCUCCAUGCUUCCUUAGUCGAUCCCGGCAUUCUUCCUCGAAAUCUCCAUACCUUUCCCCUCACUGACCCCAGUGCUGACCCUCUAGCCCUUGGCCCUCCUACCAGUGACUGGGUUAUGAUCAAACUAGCAACUUCAGACGUCGCUGCUAUGGACGUGCCGGUCAAGUACUGCAAAACCUGCAGCAUCUGGCGACCACCACGCUGCUACCACUGCCGGGUAUGCAACAACUGCGUUGAAACCUUGGACCAUCACUGUGUCUGGCUCAACAACUGUGUCGGGCGUCGGAACUAUCGGUACUUCUUCAGCUUCGUUGCUUCAAGUACUCUACUGGCCAUCUUUUUAUUCGCCGCAAGCCUUGCUCACAUCCUCAGCUAUAAAAGCCAGGAAGGGGUUACCUUUGCGGUAGCCUUACAAAAGUGGCGCGUCCCUUUUGCCAUGGUCAUAUACGGUGGUCUUGCGGCAACAUACCCUGCCUCACUGGCUGUCUACCAUAUCUUCCUGAUGGGCCGAGGCGAGACAACCCGAGAAUACCUGAACUCACGCAAGUUCAAGAAGGAAGAUAGACAUCGCCCAUUCACCCAGGGAGACGCCCUCAAGAACCUCGGCGCUGUCCUUGGGAAGCCCCGGACCCCAAGCUAUCUUCAAUUCAAGAAACCUCAUAUCGAGGGUGACCAGCGGUUCGCAACCUACCAGGUACACAAGCGGCGAACCGACAUCGAGGCACAAAACGGCGGCCUCGAGAUGCAGCAGGUCAGCAACGGACAUCCGUCCAAUGCCAGCGGUACCUUGGCCAGCGGCACCUUAGCCAGCUCACAAAACGACCAUGCGGCCAACUGA